CUUGUGCACAGUUAACAGUAACUGCCGAGGAGAAUGUCAUCUCUGCUGAACAGACUGUCUCUGUGUCUCUGUGUCCUCCGGAUCUUUGUUACAGUGAUACAGGGAGACUUUGUGGAUCUCCCUCAGGAUGAUCCCAUCCUGUCCUUGGCAGAGGAUGAGACCGUCCUGCCCUGCCGCUACGAGCCAACUGGUGUCACUCUGGUGCAGGUCACCUGGUAUAAGGAGAAAUCAGAUGGCACCAAGGAGCAGAUCAUCACUGCACACCAUUCUAAUGGACAGACAGCGUUUGGGAUGUGGUCUCAACGUGUGCGCUUUAAAAGCAGCGACCCCACCUUGGACUCGUCUCUGGUCAUCAUGAACACAGAGGUCUCCGAUGAGGGGAAAUACCUCUGCCGCAUCAGCACCUUUCCUUCUGGAAACUUUGACAGAGAGAUGUCACUCACCGUGUGGACCAUUCCUAUCUCCUCCCUGGACCCUGUGAUUCUGCAGGAGGGCCAGACCUACCGACAGGCCGCUUCAUGUCGCUCUGUGGCCCGCCCGCCUCCCCACCUCUCCUGGGACACCAACCUGUCUGGCCAGUCCACCAAUCGCUCCUCCGACAAUGGGGCGGCCACCUCGCACUACUCCCUGCAUCCCCUGAGGAGCAUGAACGGCAAGAAGCUGGACUGUCUGGUGUGGCAUCCGACUUUAAAGGGCCCCCGCAGGCUCAGUAACAAGCUGGUGGUGCACUUCCCUCCACAUGCAGAGGUGUCUGGCUACAAGGGAGACUGGUCUGUGGGUUUGGAGAAUGCUGCCCUGAGGUGUGUGAGUGGAGGAAACCCCAAACCACAGAGUUUCACCUGGAUCAGAAUGGGGGGAGAGUUGCCAGAGGGUGUGAUCCCCCACCCUAAUGGAACUCUAGUUUUUGGACGACCCCUACUCUUGUCAGAUGGAGGCACCUACCAAUGUUUGGCGAAGAAUGUCAUGGGAGUGGGGAAGGCGGAGGUGGAGAUUGUUGUGGCAGACGCUCCCCAGAAGCGGGGCAUCUUUGAAAACAUGCCAAUGCUGACGGUUGGGGCGGCGGCUGGGGGGCUGCUGAUCUUGAUGCUCAUCAUCAUCAUCAGCGUCGCUUGCCAUCACAAACACAAGAACAAGAAGCUGAAGAGGGAGCUGACUGAGAGGAAGGAGGAAAUAAGCACUCUCUCCAGGCAAGCUUCUUUCAGGAGAAUGAACUCUGUCAGCACAGACCCCAGAGGAACGACAGAGGAAAACAUCCCUCUGAGGGUGGAGGGAACCACAAGGACCAGCCUGUCUUCCCUCGGGGAGCAUGCUCACUACCGUGACAGCCGAUCUACUAUCUCAGGUGGACGGGGAGGAGUAGGAGCAUUUGACUACCUGGGCAGACCAGUCCUGAAUAACAACUCGCGAAGGGGAAAAGAAAGGCUUCUGGAUAGAGACGAGGACAACCGGCUCAGAGUAGAGACAUACGUGAGAAACAGCACUAUUUCUUUACAGGAAACUCGUUUCCACCCUCCUCUCACGCCAUCAGCCUUCCCGAUGGUACAGUCCACUGAGAUUGUAAGACCGCUAAACGGCAGCUCCAUCAUCCCAGCAGAUGGGGGUUCAAGGGCAGGAAGUGUCACCAAGACUCACCAGCACCCUCCUGUGAACUACAACUACCCACUGGUAACAGAUGAUGAGGAUGAAGUAGACGAAGGUUUGGGGGGUCCUGCCAGUCAGGAGCAUCCCGACGACCAAGACAGCGAGACCACCAGCUCCCAUGUGUCUGAGGCUCACAGUACACGCUAUCUGCAGACUAACGGCACACUCAGACCCAAACCGCGGCCAAGCCCCCCUGGUCCCCAUGCCUCCCUGAUCCACAAGGCCCAGAUAGUUUAGCAGGAAGAUGGAAGAUAGCAUGUGAAACUACAAGACUGUCCAGCUCUGAUCUUGCAGGUGGUUCAGAGACUAAGUGUGGUCACAGAUCAGGAAACCAACUUGUGAAGAUAAUGAAAAAUCUGCACUUUGACUACAGCAUCUACUUGACACUUCUGGAUAUCUGACUUCUGCCUGAUGUUUGGUGAUCAACAACAUUUUUUUUGUAUUCUCUGGAUUACUGGCACAGAGACAAUGUCACAAUAUUUCCAGUGCAGCUGCUACAGCGUUUAAUCAAAGACGAUUUUCUUCGCUCAUCUUUUACAAUACGGUAUCUGGUGCUCUGUAAUGGACAGGUGAUUGCAGUUGACAUACCUUUUGUGGGGGAUGUGGAAAGCACUCAAGAACAUAUACAGUAGGAAACCAGGAAAUUCAGGAGAAGUAAGAGGAUGCUGCGGGAAAGUUGGCAAAUCAGAAACAUAGAUUGCAACACUGCUGCUGUAGUAGUGCUCGGUGUAACUGUGCCUGUAUUAAGUUCCUUUACACAACACAGUCUGGGAUCUGAUCCAAAGCGUGGUUGUUCCUCCCUUGCCACACCUGCAACAUGCAUACCUCCAUAUUGUCUUACUGUCCUCGUGCCUUUGAUUUAGAGACAUUUUAGAUCAGAUAAAGACUUCAUACAACCAAAACAUGACUAACGUGUCCUCUUCAUGUAGUGAUUUGGUGAUCUGUAAAUCUGUACAAACACUUAAAUGGUUUUAUCAUUUUUAAAUUCAAGUCAUCAAUCCAAUAAAUUGGCAUAAAUAAAUAAUCAAUAUACCAUGCUCCAUAGAAGUCUGUUUAUGUUGUGUAACUUCAUGUAUGCACACAUAUACACAGCGGAAAGACUGCCUUGUUUGUAAAAUCAUGAUUUUUUUUAUGUCACUUAUUUUUUUCGGUUGGAUUAUGUGUUUCCUUUAUGAAUAUGGACUGGACACCAUAGAGGACAAAAAGGUGCCAUAACUGUGUACAUACUGUAUCUGUACCUUGUAAAGUUUAUUUUGCUGGAUGUGUUCAACAUCCAGAACAAGACAAUGCCCAAUGCAUGAACUGGUACAUAUUUUUUUAUAUUUUGGAAAAACCAAACAUGUAUUAUUUAUCUCUAGAUGAAUAAUAGUAGAUACAUUUUGUAUAUAUGUUGAGUAUUGGGCUCUGUUACAACCCUGAUAUGGGAGGCAAUGUGCCAAAGGGAAAAUAUAGAACAAUCACUUUUGCUUUUUUGGCAAAUAUGAAGUAUUAUUUUUUUUCUUCACAUAUGUAUUACACUGUACUUGUAAUGCUUAGGUUUGUUUUACCUUCUGUGAAUACGAUACAAAUAUGAGACAGUUCGUCACAAACACUAUGUGCCAUAUAUGAUUUACUGGCACCCAAAAGGUAAAAGCAGCAAAUGAAAGGUAUUGUGUGUGCCUGUAGUUUGUAUUUGUAGUGAACAGCGCCCUCUGGUGUGUAAUAAUAAAUUGAAUUUAUAUAGCGCUUUUCGAGACCUCAAAGCUGCACUGUGUACUGCUGGGAAGUGCACGGGCCAGAUGAGCCUACCGCAAAACUACAGAACUAUGAAAGACUGCAUUCCACUGUGAUUUUGGAAAAUUAUCUUCCUUGUCACUUGCCUGGUUUUUCAUUUAUUUUAAGGGUUAUGUAUGGGUAUCA